CAAUUUAAAAAAAAAAAUCAAAAAACCUACCGAUUCGGCAAUUCACAUUGAUUUUUUUGAUUAAUCUAUUGUAAAUUUUGGCGGUGGUCGCUUUUAAAAGGUUUUUUUCUAGGUUCUUGGGGUUUUUAAUCUCCGCUCUGCAACCACCGGAGCAAGCCUAUUUCAUCGCGGCGGCCGGAAUUUGCAGAGAGGAUGAAGGUAGAAAAACAGGGAAGUGGAGUUGAUGCUCCACUACUCCCCGAACUUCAGCCCAGCAACGAUGAUUCGAGAUCCGACGAGGGUGCUUCGAUUUCCGGUGCGAUAUUCAAUAUCUCCACCGGCAUGGUUGGAGCUGGGAUUAUGUCUAUCCCGGCAACUUUUAAGUUCUUGGGUGUAAUUCCAAGUUUUGUGGUUAUCUUAGUUAUCGCUUAUUUUGUCGAAGUCACCGUGGAGUUCCUCUUGAAGUACACCCAUUCGGGUGAGUCGAAUUCGUAUGGCGAAUUGAUGGCCGAGUCUUUUGGGAAGUUCGGAUCUGUUGCGCUCCAAAUUUGUGUCAUGAUCACCAAUCUCGGUGCUCUGAUCAUUUAUUUGAUUAUAAUCGGAGAUGUUCUGUCGGGAAAUGAAUCGGAAGGAACAGUGCACUUGGGUGUUUUACAGGAAUGGUUUGGUGUUCAUUGGUGGAACUCACGAGCAAUCUCGCUGCUUUUCGUUGUGCUCUUUGUCUUACUUCCUUUACUUCUUCUACGACGCAUAGAUUCACUAAGGCAUGCCUCAGCUAUAUCUGUUCUACUAGCAGCAUUUUUUGUUGCCAUAUGCUCGGCUUUGGCAAUACAUGCCGUCUGGGUAGGGAAAGCACAACGACCAAGGCUAGUCCCGGACUUCACUAAUGGCGUUUCCGCAAUUAGUCUCUUCACCACUAUUCCCAUCUUUGCCACUGCUUUCGGAUGUCAUGUAAACGUUCAUCCCAUUAGAGCAGAGCUCGGGAGACCUUCAGAUAUGAGCUCAGCAGUCCGAAUAUCGCUCGUAUUAUGUGUUGGGAUAUACUUUGCAGUUGGCUUCUUUGGCUACCUGUUAUUUGGGGACUCGAUAAUGGCUGACAUGCUAGUCAACUUCGAUGAAAUCUCAGAUUCUGUGAUUAGUACUAUUAUCAACGACGUUGUCAGAUUGAGUUACGCUAUUCACCUCAUGCUCGUUUUUCCGGUGAUGAACUACUCUCUGAGGGUCAAUGUUGAUGAAUUAUUCUUCCCAAAAAGGCCUCUCUUGGCCACUGAAAGAGUUCGAUUUUUGUCUCUGACGUGUAUUUUACUUGCGUUUAUAUACGUGGCGGCUAUAGCUAUUCCGAAUAUAUGGUACUUCUUUCAGUUUAUGGGGACAACUACAGUCAUGUUUCUCAUGUUUAUAUUCCCAAGCUCGAUUGUCCUGAGAGAUAUUCGGUGUAUGUCGACCAGGCGGGAUAAGGUAUUGGCAGUGUUGGUGAUCUUGCUGGCAGUUGGAACGAGCUUGAUUGCCAUUUUCUCAAAUUUGUCGGAUUACUUUGGAAAUAAGUGACGAUUGAAAAUGUAGACCAAGAAACGAUACAAUACUUUGUUAGCUCCGCUUGUUGAAUGGCCAUUAUCUCUCGUUUAU